CGCGUCAUUCCACUCAAGGUCAUUGCGCUCAGGUGGAAAUAGUUAAGGUGACUACAAUGAUGAACUAGAUUCGUCAGAAACUGUAGAUGCCUGUGUACCUUCUGUGUAUUCUGAAUCCAUCUGUCGCCACUCAGAACAGCCACACCUGGACUAUGUGGAACGGUGACAGUUUUAUCCGGAUCUUCUAUUUCGACUAGAGGUGUAUGACUGCCGAUGUCAAUAUCAAGCGACACUUCAUUCCUCGUUAAUGUCAACAGAGAUUUCACGUUCCCGUCAACCGCGGUCAAGUGUUUAACGGGUCCAGUAGCAGCACUUACUACAUUGCCACAUUCUUCAUCGUCAGUGCUCCUGUUAUCAGUGCUUCCGCCGUCGUUUUUCUUGCAGGCCAAAGCCAAUAGGCCCAUAGCCUCCUGUAUUGGUACCUUUUUAUCCGUACAGCAGAACAUACAAAGCCAAUGCGAGUUAGGCUUCGAGCAUCUUUUGUAAGCCGUCGGACUUAGUCGUGUACACAUUUUGUGGUACCACUUUUUACAAUCGUCACACUGCAUCCCCUCCUCAACGGAGAACAAACAAUUUGGUUGCCCACAUUUGUGAGUCUUACCAACCAUUGUAAUUCGAUUUAAGAGGUUUAAAAACAAAAACGAUAACAAUGUGAGCACAAGUGUUAGUCAAGGACUAAAAACAGGUACUCAGGACAAAAUUUAGCAAAAAAUUUCAAAUUUUAACCAAAGUACUCUUAGUUAAAGUAGACCAAGAAUGCUUUUUAGUGCAAUAAGUACCCAAAGCAAGUAUAAUCACAACUAGUACAAAAAUCACUGCCCUUUUUGAAACGAGCGCUCAACAAUCCAUAAGAUUUUAGGCAAAGCGCAGUUUAGACUUAAGUCUAGCCUGCCUAAAUUUAGGUAGGCUUCCUCAAAAUUCGCAGAAAAACCCGGAAAUCCGUGUCGUCUAGCACCCCAGGAAAACAGUUAACAACCAUUGUACUUCUUAAUCUUUUCAAGAUGAAGUUGCAAUUAUUAACAAUACCCAGUCUCCCGAUUCGGGGGAAAGUUUGCUCCGUUUACGGGAAAUUUUGGGGGAAACCGCUAUAGAAAAUUCUUAAGAAAUAGCACCAAAACCCUGAACUUUCCACAGAUGUGGGGAAAUUCCCCAAAUUUUCGGGUUUUUCUUCAAUAUUUUCCUAAAUUUCCCCAGAAUCUUAUCAUAUUUAGGGGAAAUCGGUCUAUAUGUCAAUAAAACCACAAAACUCUCCACAAUUUUGGGUAAAUUUUGCGUUCUUCUAUGAUAUUUUCCCUAAACUUCGGGGAUUUCUCCUAUGUUUCCCCAGAAUCCCAUUACACUCUGAUGGAAUCCGUCUAUAUUUAUGAAAUCGCAAAAUUUUCCUCAAUUUCGGUGAAAUUAUCCAAAAUGUCUCGUUUUAACGCAAUACUUUUCCACAUUUUUCGACAGAUAUCACGAAAAAGCCUGGCGAUAAUAACUGUCUAAAAGUUUCUACUCAUGUAUUCUAUUUUUUCCUGUCAAUCACGCACAGUAAACUUAGUGCCAAAGAAACCUAACUAUAGUUGUUAACAAAAAUCAAUCUAUCGCUGUGGUUAAAAGAAUGAUUCGUCACGCAUUCAAAUGUUUAUUGAAGUUUAACAAAUUACAAAUUAUUCUCUAAUACAUCAUAUAUAUCAUAUUAAACAAUAUAAUUAAUAUGAUAAUGAAGUUCAGUCAGCUUUACAGUACCAACUUUUAGGUUUUGUUUUAGUAUGUCAAAUAGACACACCACUUUUUCAAGGAUCUUACGUCAUGCAGGCGAGUUGUUCGCACUGUCACAGACUUCAGUUACUUCUGUCCAACCUGACUGCAACUAAUUGAUCCUUUUAGACUAGUAAUGUUAGACGUAAGGAAUGGGAUAAGAGACGGGUUACAGCCAACAGUGUCAAACUUGAUGGGCUUCCACCGAUCCCAAAAUCCGCCACCGCCUCCUGUACUUACGUACAUUGUGCACCCACUGCAACAAACGGUGGUCUUAAUUUUUUUAAAUUGUAGGUGGUCCCACUACCGAAAGAUCUCUGUCUGUUUAUCUCUAAAUGAAGCAACAGCUAGACAUAGUUGUAAUUCAGAUAAUAAAGGGAAGUCACAUAAUUGUAUACAAGGCUAACAGAAUUCUAGACCUUUUUCGGGUGUAUAUUCCUGAACUGUCCAUGUCCUUCCGAAGUGUACUUAGUCGUUGCUAUAGUGGGAAACCCAAGUUUCUGAACACAGAAUUGUACUACUGCAUUAGACUGAAGUCAAGUUUACUGAGGAUUUUCGAAGAUUGGCUAGGUAAAUUCAGUUUUAACGAACUGAAUAUGCAACUCAGUUAUGACGGCCUGUCGUCCAAAAGCUUUAAUUAACAGUUUUGAUCAAUCCUAGGUCGCCUAGUAAGUCCAUUCCUUAGUGAAGUAUUCAUAGUUGGUGAAGUAAAACUCUGUUUUCAACGAAAUGUCCGUAGCGCUUGUAAAUGAGUUAAAGGAGUUGCAUACAGUAGGCCUUCACGUAAAUAAGUGUCAAUUACAUUUGACAGUAAAGUUAGUAGCUGUUAUUUGUGACACUGCAACUCGUAGCAACGUCAGGUAUGUCGUUGGACAUAAUACAACUGGUUGUGAUAAAUGUAAGGUUCUAGGGACACGACUAGGUGGUUGAAUAACUUUCCCCAAUAGUGAAUAUGAAUCGAGAAAUGCGCAUAAAAUUUUGGACAUUUAGCCUGAUCUAGAGAAAUAGUAGACUUGUCUUUAACUGCAUUCAUCAAGACACUUUAGGAUACAUCCAGUGUCGUUCACUGCACACUCAUGUUCAUCAAUCAGCACUUUCUUACUAAUCUAUGCAGAAUCACGGUCUUAAGGUUUUAUUUGCCUACAAUUAUUGUUCGGAAUUGCGAUAGUGUGACUGCUGCAUACGACAUCAACCCAUGCACUUCCAAAACAACUUGUUUGUGUAUUAACUGCGAAUUAAAAUGUGCAGGAAUUGUGCUUACUAACACCAGAAAUGUAUAAAUUGGACGUUGAUGUCGUUGAAAUGUUUCAUAAUGGGGCCGAACUUUCCGAAUAAAUUGUUUGUUACGCAUAUACCAACAUUCCCACCUGGAUGUACUGCAUUAAAUCAAAUGUUACGUAUUCGGUAAAAGUUGUGUAAAUUAUUGUUAGUUUAAAAUAGGAGACAUUACCAACCCCUAGUUAUGUCUAAUAAACGCCGUAUAAAUCGCUAACGUCUAUUUCUUUUCAGCUAAGUAUAAUAAUACUUGCUGGUUACAAUGUAGACAUGUGACUGGUGUCCUAAUAUUGUGGACAUUUUUACAAACUAGAAUUUAUGAGAAUAAUUGGUUUUGUACAGAUGAUUCGUAGGUAAGUUAGUUUCCCUGAAGAAAUACUAGCGAAUGUCGAAAAUAUUCAAUCUAUAAGUAUACAACUUGGUGUGAAUUUAAGUAAAGUUUCACUAUUUUUUACGCUCGGCGAAAAGGAUGGAAAUCUGAGGCCUUGUUGCCUAAAUUUACAACAAAUUUCUCAUUGAAUACCGCUUUCAUUUUCUUUUUUUGUCGUUAUUUGGUAGAAAUUCAGAAAUACAAAUGCAAAGGACAGAGACUACUUCAACAAAUAAAAAUAGAUACAAGCCAUAAAUUGGCCAACAUUUUCGUCCGGUUUACUGCUUUUUUUAUCCUAAUUGAUUUUUAAUUAAUCUUACCCCGCACAUUAUUGACGUAUCUUUUUGUUUAAGCAUCCAGUUGACGAUAAGUAUUCCUUAUCACUCCGUACAUACUCUAUAUAUUUAAUAGGUAAAUCGGCUGUCAGAAAUACGUAAAUUAAGUAAUAACUGAGGUUAUCAAUUCCAGUUUUUUGUGGUGUCCAAUAUAAUAAAUUUAUUAUUUAAUGUCAACUUUACAACAGCAUAUGUCAUGAAUUUUAACGACGGUUUUGCUUCAUAGACUUACUUUUAUUACUGUACGCAUGAUAUUUAUUUAUUUAAACACAAAAAUUGGUACAAGGGUCACUAAAUACAUAUGCGCCACACAAUAACAAUGAGGUUAUGGAAAGAUAGAGAAUAUAGAUAGUGUAUAAUAAAAGAACAACAACAAACCAAAAUUAGUGUACGAGAGUGAAAUGGAAUCAUGGGCUUAGUCUUUUAAAUCAAGUUUUCUCAAUGGUUACCUCUAGUCUCUGUCUUAAAAUUAUACUGUUGGAUUCACCUCUAUAUGGUAGAUAGAUACAAACUUUUUUCUUCGGAAUCGAAUAAAUGAGAGGUCUUAGCGUUGACUGACUUUUGCACCUAUUUAUAAACUUUAGUGAAUAACCACUUGAUAUUAGUGUGUCAAUCAGCAGCUUUUCAUCUCCUUCAACCGUAUCAGUGGUGCAUAAUCUUUGAAUCCUAUUAAAGAGGCACAUAACCAAGCCUCGCUUGUGUUGAAAUGGAAAGAAACUAUGGAAAUUAAAAUAUUGCCGCGCUUAAGUUGGUUUCUUAUAAACUGACCGUCUCAUAGUACCAUCCUCCCGUCGAUUCAAAAGUAUGUCUAAAAAGGGUAAUUGGUCAUUAUUUUCUGCUUCAUAGGUCAUUACGAUAUCUUUCAAUACCCCAUUGAGUUUAUCUAAUAACUGGUGAACUUGAAAAUCUUUAUCACAUAUAACUAAUGUAUCAUCCAUGUAUCUUCUAUAUAAAGUUACUUCGCUAAUGAGUUCACUUAUCAUAUUUUCAACAUAUGACAUAAAUACAUCAGCUAAGAGAAGCCCCAAAAGACUACCCAUAGCAACAUCAUCAACUUGUCGAAAAUAUUCGCAUUCAAAUGUGAGCUGAACAUUUGCAGUACGUAACAAAAGUAAUUAUUUCAAUAGUGUUGACUGAAUAGGAAAGAGGGGUAAUUAUUAGAUAUAUAAUCACAAAGGAAAUUCACAGUCUUAGUCAAUGGUACACUUGUAAAAAGAGAGUUUACAUUAAAGGAAUGCAAAGCCUUAUCUUUAAUAUUAAUGUCCACAAGAAGAUUAGUUAGUUCAAAUGUAUAUUUUAAGGAAAACUUACAUAGCCUAUUACGGAUUGGGCUUAGCAAUUUUACAAGCCAUUUUGCUUGUUAUGUGUAAGUGAACCACGCUAAGAUAAUUUUGGUCGUAAUGGAUUAUUAUUAGGUUCAUGAAUUUUAGGCAACCCAUAUAAAUUCAGGAGGACAGAACCGGAAGGCUUCAGCAUAUUCGUUUUCUAUUUUACUCUGACUUCCAAAUUAAAAGCUUUUCAUCGUACAACCUCAUGGAUUCCCUUUUGAAUUGUACAUUUCUCUUUUUUAGGUUUCAUUUGAUACUAACUCUUGUCCUCUGCAUUUUGUCUCAUAAACAUUCUUUUGCUAUGCUUAUAUAUUUAACGAUUUGUGCCGAUACACCAUCCAUGCUUGAUAGUCCCAUGUUGAUGAAUAAUUGUCUUAGUUUUAAAGUUUAAAUCACUAACCAAACAGUUGCACAAUCGUUGAAAUCCGAGAAGGUUGUGGAUACUCACUAUUGAAGAAUUUCAUACUAAAACGAAACAGUGGUUCAGUUAUUUCUAGUUUUCAGUGGUUAUUUAACUGAGAUUAUUCUUUUGUGUAACCUAUGAAAUCCGACAUUCCCCCAUAAAUCCCUCGCACUAACAACUUACUGUUUGAUUUUUUUUAGUCCCACUUAUAAGUGUCGUCUGUCAUUCAAACAGUUGAUUUUCUCAUCAUAUUUUGCUUCAAAAUGUAUGUAUGUCUAUCUCUAUGACAACCCAAUAAAUAUAAAAUAACACUGAACAAACAAAAGUUAGUUCCGAUUAAUGAAUCGAUUAAUUAAAAUCAGACGAUUAUUUCGAACAUAUACAUUUUUACAUAUUUUUCUAAAAAUAAACGUUUUAUCAGUUUUCAUAUAUUUUCUUCUAACCAUAAUUAACAACUAUCGAUUUCCCAAUAUAAAUUAUCAUGCAUCUACUGUACGAGAUCGUGAAGAAUUACAAUUAGCUCAUCUACGCACAUUAAUGUACGAUUGGUACCAUCAAGGAAAAAUACCGUUUGUUUACCAACCACCACAAUCAUCAUUGUCAAUUUUAAGUAAUAAACAUGGUAUUGUCAUUAGUAUCAUGACGUCGAAUCGUGUUCAAUAUCAAAUUGAUGAUUAUCAACCGGAUUAUUUAACUCAGUCUUUAUCAACCUUAAUUAAACUAAUAUUUGAAGAUAUUUCAAUGUAUGGUUACCGAUUUAAAUAUAUCAAUAUAAUGAUCUGUUUGAAUGGAACCAAAAUAGAUGAAUUGUCUAAUGUACAUGAAAUUAUACGACUUGUUGGUCAGCAUGCAAUUCAUCCAUUGCGCUCUAAUGAAUUAUCAACUUAUAGGAAUUUAUCUGUUAAUUAUCAAUUUGUGAGAGAUAUGUCAACCUGUAUGCUGAAAUCAGUUGAUUUAGUUAAAAAACAAGAACAUAAUCAUAGUGAUUAUAUACUUAUCAUACAAGAAGAUAUGAUUGCAAUGAAUAAUUUAUUUGAUGUACUAUGGGGAUUAAUGCAACAAUCUAUGAAUAAUAUUCGUCAUUAUCAUGAUCAUCAUAGACUUGGUAUGAUCCAAUUGUAUUCACAUAAAAAUGUAAUGAAAUUUCCAUUUUAUCAUAAAAUUGAUAGACAAUUAUUUGAGUUAACAUUUGCUUGCCUACUAUUCAUUACAUUCAUUGCAUUUUUUAUUUAUUUACAUGUAGCAUUUAAACAAUCAUCAUCGCAGUAUGGAUUAUAUAAAUUCUAUUUAAUGCUUAACUUAUUCUUUACAUUGUUUACUUUAAUUUGGUUGUAUGGAUUGAAUAAUUUAUUGAUUCGAUUAUCUAAUUUGUUUAUCUCUUAUAAUGGUGUUUUUCAACUCAAAAGCCAAUCAUUCUACGCUAAAACUGAUAUGAUUAUGGCUAAUUUGUAUUCAAGUAUACAAGUUAGACAAAUCAGUCAUUAUUUAAAAUCAGUUGCACCAUGUGAAAAUUCCUUAUGGUAUUUAAAACAGGAUGAAUCAAAAUGUGCUCAAUUGAUUACAUCAUAUCUUGUAUCAAAUGCUAAACAAAUAUUUAGUGUAUAUAUGAAUGUAUUUAAACAUUGUGGAUUGUAUUCGAAUGAAGAAAAAAGAAUGCUGAAUCCAGCUGAUAUCGAAUAAUAUUGGUAGUAAUAGUGUGUUGUGUCUUUCUUGAAUGGUUCUUCGCUACCCAGAUAUAGAUUUUAUUUUGUUAA